UACACCCUCUGCGGGUGGCAAGAACCCGACUUGCCGUUCCAGCCGUACCCUGCGUGCAGCUUCAAGAACUGGAAGACAAGCACGAUUGAGAACGACCACAUUCUAUUCCGCCCCGAGACGAGCGAGAUCCAAUAUGGGUUCAUCAACGCCGACGGCCACGUGGGUCCGAACGAGUUUCUCAUCGACAAUGCUCAGCUGCCGCGCCUCAUGGAGUGCAACGUCAAGAUCCCGUCGCCCGACAACUUGACGCCCAACCGCAUGGCGGCCAUGAUCUGGUCGUUUGCCGAGAACGAACCCUCGGACCUCUCGGCGUGCGUGGCCAUGCCCCGGGGCACGACCGCGCGCUGGUCCUCGCACGACUGCACAUCGAGUCGGGGCUUUCGUGCCGCGUGCUAUACGAAUGCGACGACCGAGAGCUCGUUUGCGCACUGGACGCUCGGUGACGUCUCGGAUGGACACCGGGUCACGUGCCCGAAUGGGUAUGCGUACGGCGUGCCCAGAAAUGGGUACGAGAAUCGGAUCCUCUUCGACUUGCUCUGGAAUGACAGCCCGGACGUGACAGCCGGUAUCUGGAUCAACGCCAAGCCCUUCUUGGACCAAAUGCACAACAAAGCGCCCGUGUACGACUAUGACCAAGCCAGCCUCGCGUCGUGA